CGAACCGUAUUUGUGACCAAGUACAUCAACAAAGGAGAUAUUGAAGGAGGACAGUUGGCGGCAAAAGUAGCACGGAUUGCUAAAGUCGAAAGUUACUCGGGCUUUUUUACAGUCGAUCCGAAGUACAAUUCGAGUAUGUUUUUCUGUUUUUUUCCUGCGGAACAUAACUCGAAAAACGCUCCCGUCAUCGUCUGGCUGCAGGGAGGACCUGGGGGUUCUUCUCUUUUCGGUCUGUUCGACGAACACGGCCCGUUCUACGUUCGUCCCGAGAGAGGACUACGGUCGAGAAAAUACUACUGGUCUCAGGUCUUGAACGUCAUUUACAUCGACAAUCCCGUCGGGACGGGUUUCAGCUUUACAGACGACGAUGCCGGGUACGCCAGGAACGAAGUCGACGUGGGAAAGAAUCUUUACGAGGCUGUUAGACAAUUUUUUCAAUUAUUUCCAGAUUACAAGAACAACGACUUUUUCGUCACCGGGGAGUCGUACGCGGGCAAAUACGUCCCUGCACUCGCUUAUGCCAUUCAUACCAACAAUCCAAUGGCAGAGGAAAAAAUCAACUUGAAAGGAAUUGCCAUAGGAAACGGACUUUGCGAUCCUGAAAAUAUGAUAGAUUACGGUGAUUAUCUGUUCCAACUGGGUUUACUCGACUUAAAUGGCCGGGACCAGUUCAUCAAUUUACAAAACAACAUCGUCAGCUUGAUCAAGCAACAAAAGUACGACGCGGCAUUUGAAGCCUUCGACGUGCUAUUAUUAAACGGAGACUUGUCACCUUACAAAAGUUUGUUUUAUAUCACCGGUUACGAAUUUUAUUUUAACUUCUUACACAACAAAGACUACACUCCAUACGGCAAUUUGGGAGAAUACCUUCAAAAAGACGUAGUGAGGAGAUCCAUUCACGUCGGGGCUCUACCAUUCCACGAUGGAAAGAAGGUGCGAAAGUUCUUAAAAUCCGACGUCAUGCAAUCGAUCAAACCGUGGUUUGAAGUUCUAGUUGAGAAAUACAAGGUUCUCAUCUACAACGGCCAACUAGACAUCAUCGUCCCCUAUCCUAUGACCUCCAAUUUUCUUAACAACGUGAAAUGGUCGGGAGCAGAUGAAUUUAAGCAGGCGAAGAGGAAACUGUGGAAGGUCAACGGAGAAUUGGCAGGCUACAGCAAAACCGCCAAAGGACUCACACAAGUCCUCGUGCGCGACGCCGGACACAUGGUCCCCAUGGACCAGCCUUUGUGGGCCCUUGAUAUGAUUUCCAGGUUCACUUAUAAUAAUGCAUUUUAA